CGGCUGCCGUCGCCGGUGGUUGCCCCUGCCCCGGCCGCCGCGCCGACCCCGGCUGCCAAGCCGACCCUGGCCGCGAGCCCUUCAGCGCCGGCCGAGACCUCGCGGAGACCCAGCGCCCUGGCCGGCUUCAAGGCGUCCAUCGCCACCGACAAGCCGCAGACUGCCGAGGCGCGGAGCCCGCGGAGCCCCUCGCCGCUCCGCGAGAGCGAGGUGCUCGCGGCGCGCCUCGAGGAGAAGGCGCGGGCCCUCGCCGCGAAGGCCACCGAGCGCCCGCGGAGGUCCAGCGCCCUGGCCGGCUUCAAGGCCUCCCUCGACACCGACAAGCCGAGGCCCGUCGAGGCCCGCCCCACGCCGACCUUCCACAAGGAGCCCGCGCGCUUCCGAGUCGGGCAGCGGGUGGUGCUGAACGGCGUCCACGAGGGCACCGUGCGGUACGUCGGCCCGACAAACUUUGCGGAUGGCGACUGGGUUGGUGUUGAGCUUUUCGGGGAGGACCCAAGACGGCGAGCACGACGGCACCUACCUGGGCCACGAGUACUUCAGCUGCCCCGCGGGCAGAGGUGUACUGCGGCACCCUUGCCAGAUCACGGAGGCCGCGGUGUUCAGCAGAAUUGA